GGCCAUUCUUUACGUUGGCUUUGGCCCAGUACUGUUUGGGCUCAAAAUGUAGUUCGUACAAAGCUGAAACUGUGAAAGAAACACUGUCAGUCUGUCACUUGUCAGUCACAGGCGCUAGGCCAUAGGCGUGCGGCGGACUCAUCCUGCAGGAGGUGUUGACGCUGUCGGUGGACGGGAGACGCCUCCGCCACGGAACCGGCCGCCGAUCUCUACUACGGUUUUGGUGCAGUAGAAACUGUAAAGUGUUGCUGGCCGGUUACGAUCGACGAAAAGAACUGGUGUGCUCAAGAAGUGCGCUGGUCACCGGUUCGUUCACACAGAUCCGGAUAUUAUCCCGGCACGGGCACGUAAAUCAUUGACAUCACCGUGCGGAGGAGAUCGACACGCGAUCGACACAGUUGUCAGCUCGCCAGUGUUCCGCUUUGCUGGAUAUUCCAACUCCAGCAGCUGUGACCGAAGAAGUAGAGACUCAGAGAAUCAGUGGAUAAAGCCUAUAAAGGCUACUAAACGGUGGUGAAGGCGCAGGGCGGUACGUGGUAUAAUUAUAUAAGAUCCCACCUGGCUGGAAAUACUACACAGGACCUAUUGAUUAUGAUGCACAAUGCAGCAAGCGAUGAGUUGAAUCAGGCGUGGCUGCUUAUGCUGGCGCUAUUUCCGACACCAGUAGUACAGAGUCUCACUCUCAGUUUCGAGCUGGUAUCGUACCGAUUCUAAUGUACGGAACUUCACGAUGACGGCACACUAUGGGACGAGCGACGAUGGAUAUAAAUUCGUAAUGGAGGCGAGCAGCGCCGUGCAAGGCGAACAAGAUUUGACAACAAACGAGUAUCACUGCAUAUCUGCGGACGAUGACGAUCCCAACUCGUCACCUAACAGUCCGCACAGCGGGAGGAGUAGCGGACGGUUGGAGCGCUAUCAGCGUUAUGCCAUUUGGCUAUGUAUGGUGUCACUGGGUGCUAGUCUCUCACUAGGGGUGAUGGGCUUUGUUGGGUCGGUGAAAACUGACAACGACGCGGCCUUUGGCUUUGCGCUGAACUGUGUUCUGGAUUUCAUCUCCACGCUGGUGGUGCUCUGGAGGUUCUGGCCACAAGUGUUCGGACGCCAGCGUCAUGCAGCGGCGACAACAGACUGUAGCUUCCACAGCCCGACAGAUCUGCUGGCGGGACAGCAGCAAGUGAGAGGGCAGGUACGGGAGUGGUGGCUGCGCGAACGGCGUGCCACGAUCGGCAUAGCCAUUCUGUUUGUGCUGGCAUUUGUUGCCAUCGUAUGCAAGGCACUGGCUGACAUCAUCAAUGGUGAGGUACCAAGCAGCGGUCUACCGACAGUAAUACUAGCUGGCAUUAGUGCUGCUGUGUUUCUUGUGCUGGCCUGGGUCAAAGUCAAGGUGGCGCGUGUCCUGCAGAGCCCGGCUCUGCGCAGUGACGGUAUGAACUCUCUCGGCGGCACCGUCAUCUCGAUUGGCGUUCUGGUGAGCUGGUUUGUGAGACAGCACCAUCCACAUGUGUGGUAUGUCGAUGCGUUCUUUGCACUUCUCGUUGGACUAGGAAUGUUUGUGUAUGCUAUUCGAAUGCUGAUAGUGAUGAUGGCGGCCGACAACCGCAACACACCGGUUUACUAAUAAACUCUGAGAAGGCCCUUGGCGAGAACGUCGCUGAUUGGUCGUCUCUUGGACAACGAGACACACCUCGUUCUGAUACACGUGCGGCGAAAGCCGAUCAUACUUACCGGAUCAGACCAGUUAUCUUCAAAAGGGACACUAGACCUAUUUCUAAAUGGACAAUGGCAUAAUUUAUACUGUGUACGAACGCCGUAUUUCCUUUGCCGCUUCUGCCUUCCGAGGCAUGGCCUGCUGGCCUCCCGGCUCAUCAUAGUAGUAUCAUUCUGUGCUGGAAGGCCUGCAAUGAUUGAAACAAUUAACUUA